CGCACCCCCACACCCCCCUUCCCUUCACUCCAACAAAUCGGCGUCGUUUACAGAGGAGAAACCCUCGCAACCAUCCCAACCAAUACCUCCUAUAUUCUUCUAACCUAAACUUGCUAUGCUAUAUUUAUACCUUGCUUUCUGAACCACACCCUCAAACCAAUCACAAUCACAAACCAUGACUUUCUUUACUUGCUUCUUUUUCUUCCUUCUUGCUUCAUCAGCCACUGCUUGUGAUCGCUGCCUUCAACAAUCCAAGGCUUCCUAUUUCUCCAAAGCUUCUGCUCUUUCAUCUGGGGCAUGUGGGUAUGGCUCUUUGGCACUAGGCUUAAGUGGUGGACACCUUGCAGCUGGUGUGGCUUCUCUCUUCAAAGAUGGAGCCGGUUGUGGUGCCUGCUUUCAGAUACGAUGCAAGAAUCCAACUGUGUGCAGCAAAGAAGGCACCAGAGUGGUGUUGACUGAUCUCAAUCACAAUAAUAAAACUGACUUUGUGCUCAGCAGUAGAGGGUUGCGAGGGUCUCUCCUGCUGGUUGGGAUGGUUGCGAGGGUUUUCUCCUGCUGUAAACGACGAUUUGUUGGGGGUGCGAGGAAGGGGGUGUGGGGUGUGGGGAACGGGGGUGGAAAAAGAAGUGUAAAUUUAAGAGUUGAAAAAGAAGUGUAAAUUUAAGAGUUUCAUUUUUUAUAAGGAUAAUUUAGACAUUUUAUAUAUUUUUUUUAAAAAAGGGGUGUGUUUAUACAAGAGUGGAGGU